GUGAAAUGUCAUCCGCAAUGAAACAGUAAAAAUCAGUGACAAAGCAGCAACACAUACAAUACAAUACAAUAAAAGAAAAUCAAAGGAUUUCAUUUCACUUAUAAAUUUCGGUAAAUUGUUUAACAAACUAAAAUCGAUCAAAAAUGGUGCUGGAGAGUACUAUGAUCUGCUUCGAUAACAGUGAUUAUCAGCGAAAUGGUGAUUACUUUCCAACUCGAUUGAAUGUGCAGAAGGAUGGCAUCAAUUUGAUUGGAAUGACCAAAAUUCGAUCGAACCCAGAAAAUAAUGUCGGCCUCUUAACAUAUGCAAAUACGGUCGAAGUAUUGGCAACGCUCACCAGUGAUGUUGGCCGAAUUCUGUCAAAGAUGCACUUAGUGCAACCAAAAGGAGACAUUAAUUUGAUAACUGGAGUUCGCAUUGCACACUUAGUGCUCAAGCAUCGACAAGGCAAGAAUCAUAAGAUGCGUAUCGUUGUGUUUGUUGGCUCACCCAUUUCGACUGAUGAAGGUGAUCUCGUGAAAUUGGCAAAGAAGCUGAAAAAGGAAAAAGUGAAUGUGGACAUUGUCAGUUUUGGUGAUCAUUCUGGCAACAAUGAUUUGCUGACCGCAUUUGUUAAUACGUUGAAUGGCAAAGAUGGCACCGGCUCUCACUUGAUCAGUGUGCCACGCGGUUCGGUAUUGUCGGAAGCAUUAAUUUCGUCGCCAAUCAUUCAAGGCGAAGAUGGUCAAGGUGCUGCCAAUUUGAGUGGCGCUGGUUUUGAAUUCGGUUUUGAUCCAAAUGAAGAUCCAGAAUUGGCAUUGGCAUUGCGUGUUUCGAUGGAAGAACAACGUCAGCGCCAGGAAGAUGAACAACGAAGAGCAUUGGCCGAAUCAGAUCCAACUGCUGCUGCCGCUGCAGUGUCGUCAGCUGCUGGCACUACAGCAUCGCCUUCGGUGGAACCAAAUUCGGAAGAGGCAAUGUUACAACGUGCCCUGGCUCUAUCAACUGAGACUCCGGUAAAAAGAUCUCGUGAUGCCGAUGAAGGUCUGCCUGACUUUGCUAAUAUGACCGAAGAAGAGCAAAUCGCAUUUGCAAUGCAAAUGUCAAUGCAAGAUCAUGCUGAAGAGGUUCCAACGCAACAAGCCAAGCGUCCAAAGCAAGAAGAACAGCCAAUGGAGGUUGAUGAGGUGAUUAGCGAUCCAGAAUUUUUGCAAAGCGUCUUAGAAAAUUUGCCCGGUGUCGAUCCACAAUCAGAAACAAUUCGCGAUGCCGUCGGUUCAUUGAACAAAGAUAAAAAACCGGCAAACAAGGACUCAUCAAACGAUAAAUAAAAAUUAGCUCACCCGAUUUUUUUCCCCAGUUCAAUUGCACUGUCGGCGUCGUAUACUAAUACAUACAUUAUGCUUAACACACAAAACAACAACAUACAAAGUACAUUCAAAUUGAAUUUCUUCUUUUUUUUCAAUUCGUUCGUGUGUGAGAGAGAAAAAAUAAUAAUUAAAAUAUAUGGAUAUUUAAAUUACUAA